UUUUGGUGUUGCUGCAGUUUUCUGGUGAGGAGAUGUCUGGACGAGGGAAGCAGGGAGGAAAAGCACGCGCAAAGGCUAAGUCUCGCUCAUCCAGAGCAGGCUUGCAGUUUCCCGUAGGUCGGAUCCACCGUCUGCUUCGUAAGGGAAACUAUGCCGAGCGGAUAGGGGCAGGCGCGCCAGUGUACUUGGCAGCAGUGUUAGAGUACCUGACAGCGGAAAUCCUGGAACUGGCUGGCAAUGCGUCUCGCGAUAACAAGAAAACUCGUAUUAUUCCUCGCCACCUGCAGUUAGCUAUCCGCAAUGAUGAGGAACUUAAUAAGCUCUUGGGCGGCGUGACCAUUGCCCAGGGCGGGGUCCUGCCUAACAUUCAAGCAGUGCUGCUGCCCAAGAAAACCGAGAGUCACCACCAUAAAGCCCAAAGCAAGUAACUUUUAAGUUGUCAUUGAUAAAUGACUUCUAAGUGUUAAAAAACAAAAGGCUCUUUUCAGAGCCACCUACCGUCUCAGAAAAGGCUGUACAUUACGUAACGCUACUGCUGUUAAGCAGCCAUCUUACGCGCUUGUCAGAAGUAAUACCCGUUUAAGCGCAUUUCGGGAAUGUACGGGGAUUUUCAAGGAGCCUUGUAUCAACCAUUAGUUUGAGCCUUCCUCUGUCGCAGACUGGAGUGCAGUGGCCUGAUCUCAGCUCAUUGCAGCCUCCGCCUCCUGGAUUCAAGCGAUUCUCCUCCCUCAUUCUCCCAAGUAGCUGGGAUUACAGGCAUGUACCAUCAUGUCUGGCUAAUGUUUAUAUCUUUAGCAGAGACGGGAUUUCACCAUGUUGGCCAGGCUGGUCUCGAACCCCUGACCACCCACCUUGGCCUCCUAAAGUGCUGGGAUUACAGACGUGAGCAACCAUGCCCGGCUGACUUAUUUUUUAUUAUAAUCAGACUAAUAUGACACUUUCUCAUGCCUAUGUGAUCUGUGUAAUUUUAUGUGAUUUGUGUAAUUCCAAAAUUGCUGAGUUGUUAAUUAAAAAUAAAUAUUGGCUGUUAACAAUAAAACUUUAGCAGCA